AUGCGGCAGCCGAGCGUCACCAUCGGCCGCAACUCGUCGCAGGGCUCGGUGGACCUGAGCAUGGGUCUGUCGAGCUUCAUCUCGCGGCGCCACCUGCAGCUCAGCUUCCAGGAGCCGCACUUCUACCUGCGCUGCCUCGGCAAGAACGGCGUCUUCGUCGACGGGGCCUUCCAGCGGCGCGGCGCGCCCCCCCUGCAGCUGCCCAAACAGUGCACUUUCCGAUUCCCUAGCACGGCUAUCAAGAUCCAGUUCACAUCACUGUACCAUCAAGAAGAGGCUCCAGCAUCCCCCCUCCGGCCACUCUACCCGCAGAUCUCCCCUCUGAAGAUUCACAUUCCGGAGCCGGAUCUCCGGAGCUUGGUCAGCCCUGUCCCUUCCCCGACCGGCACCAUCAGUGUUCCCAACUCCUGCCCGGCCAGUCCACGCGGAGCCGGCUCCUCUGGCUACCGCUUUGUCCAGAACGUGACCUCAGACCUGCAGCUGGCAGCAGAGUUCGCUGCGAAGGCCGCCUCGGAGCAGCAGGCAGACACGUCUGGAGGGGACAGCCCCAAGGAUGAGUCGAAGCCGCCAUACUCCUAUGCGCAGCUGAUCGUGCAGGCCAUCUCCUCGGCGCAGGACCGGCAGCUGACGCUCAGCGGGAUCUAUGCGCACAUCACCAAGCAUUACCCUUACUACCGGACGGCCGACAAGGGCUGGCAGAAUUCUAUCCGACACAACCUCUCUCUGAACCGUUACUUUAUUAAAGUCCCUCGUUCCCAGGAGGAGCCUGGGAAGGGGUCUUUCUGGAGAAUAGACCCGGCCUCAGAAGCCAAGCUUGUGGAACAGGCAUUCCGGAAACGGAGGCAGAGGGGCGUCUCCUGCUUCCGCACCCCCUUUGGGCCUCUGUCAUCCAGGAGCGCUCCAGCCUCACCCACUCACCCUGGGCUAAUGUCCCCUCGUUCUAGUGGCCUGCAGACUCCAGAGUGCCUGUCUCGGGAGGGCUCCCCCAUUCCACACGACAAUGACUUUGGGUCAAAGUUAGCGUCUGUCCCAGAGUAUCGGUAUUCCCAGAGUGCACCCGGCUCUCCCGUCAGUGCCCAGCCAGUGAUCAUGGCCGUGCCUCCCCGACCUCCCAGUUUAGUGGCCAAGCCCGUCGCCUAUAUGCCAGCUUCCAUAGUGACGGCCCAGCAGCCCUCUGGCCACGCGAUCCACGUCGUGCAGCAGGCCCCCCCAGUCACCAUGCUCAGGGUGGUCACCACCUCCGCCAGCUCCGCCAACGGAUACAUCCUUGCCAGCCAGGCCUCGGCCGGGGGUGCCCACGAAGCAGCGGGCACAGCAGUGUUGGACCUGGGCAGCGAGGCGAGAGGCUUGGAAGAGAAACCCACCAUUGCGUUUGCCACCAUCCCUGCUGCCAGCCGAGUGAUCCAGACGGUGGCCAGCCAGAUGGCCCCAGGGGUCCCCGGACACACGGUCACCAUCCUGCAGCCAGCCACACCAGUGACCAUCGGGCAGCACCAUCUCCCGGUCCGGGCCGUCACUCAGAAUGGCAAGCAUGCCGUCCCCACUAAUAGCUUAGCCGGCAGCACUUACGCCCUCACAAGCCCCCUGCAGCUCCUUGCGGCCCAGGCUAGCUCGUCCACUCCAGUAGUGGUCACCCGGGUGUGCGAGGUGGGGCCCGAGGAGCCGGCAGUAGCAGCGGCCACCAGCACCGCCACCCCAACCAGCACAGCCACCGCUGCCACCUCUGCCUCUUCAGCCGGGGAGCCUGAGGUCAAAAGGUCCCGAGUGGAGGAACCCGUCGGGACUGUGACCGCACAGGCCGGGGUGAUCACAGCUGCCGGCCCGCAGGGGCCCGGAACCGGGGAGUGAAGUCGCCUGCAUGUUGGAGGAGUGCAACACUCGCCCAAAGGAAUUCUGGAGCUGAGCCGUGACAGCUGCCAUCGCUGCCGCUCGGGGACCGUGAUGGGAAAGCUCCACUGGCUGAAGCACGGUGCCAAACGGACAGGACAGCCUCCAUCUGCCUGCACCUGACAUGCUGAUCCUCCUUAUCAUUUUAUCUCCUGCCCCUGCUAUGGUUUAACUCAAAACACAUAAACAAGUUCAGACCGCUGA